CCUCCCCGUCACAUCGAUAGAGAGUCAGAGAAGAAUGCACAUACAACGAUAAAGAAACACGGACAUUUCGCGCUGGAAUUAUAUUUUUCAAGACUUGUGGCAUAUAUCGAUACUGGUGAUGCAUGUCUGACUGAUCUCCGGUUUUAUUUCGGAUGGAAAGACGUUAGUUGUGGUGCAACAGAGGUGGCGGUCGGAACAAUGAGACGGCAAGUGUUGCUGUUUAUUUCGAUCCUUUUUCUCAGCUCAGUGCUGGGCCAAGUCAGCUACUCUAUUCCUGAGGAAAUGGCGACAGGAUCUUUGGUCGGUAACAUAGCACAGGAUUUAGGUGUAGACGUAAAAAGACUCAAAUCAGGCAAAGCUCGCAUUUAUACAGGAGAUAGUGCAGAAUACAUCGAACUGAAUAAAGAAAGAGGAGUCCUCCUCGUCAAAGAGAAAAUAGACCGUGAAGCGCUCUGCCGACAGACGACGCCUUGCGCUUUACAUUUUCAGAUUGCCUUGGAGGGCCCGAUGGAGCUGUUUCCGAUAACUGUCGAAAUCACAGAUAUAAAUGACAACGCUCCUAUUUUCCAAAAGGAGGAGAGAGUAUUUGAAAUCAGCGAGUCCGCAGUAGUCGGUUCUAAAUUCAUGCUAGAGAAAGCGAUUGACCCUGACAUUGGACUGAAUGGACUUCAGAGCUAUACACUUAAGCCGAAUGAUAACUUUAUGCUUAAAUUACACAGUCAAUCUGAUGGAAAUAAAAAGAUAGAAAUGGUUUUACAGAAACCUUUGGAUAGAGAGAAACAGGAGCAUAUAUCGUUAAUUGUAACGGCUGUGGAUGGAGGAGACCCGCAAAGGUCUGGGACAAUGCAGAUUCAUGUUACUGUGUUAGACGCGAACGACAACGCUCCCAUUUUUACGAAAAGCGUUUACAAGGCAAGUGUUACAGAAAACUCCCCGAGGGGGACCCUUGUAACAAAACUGAGUGCGACUGAUGCAGACAAAGGCUCAAAUGGAGAGGUGACGUACGUCAUCGGUAAUACCAUAGAUAGCGUUUCAAAGCUAUUUAACAUCACCGAUGAGGGUGAACUUAUAUUAAAUGGGCCAGUCGAUUUUGAAAAGGACAAAAAUUAUCAAAUCGAUGUGGAGGCAGUUGACCGAGGAGGCCUUUCUGAUUCAAGCAAAGUGUUGAUUGAUGUAAGUGAUCUUAAUGACAACAGUCCCAUUAUAAAUAUAAUUUCAAAGUCAAAUUCAGUACCAGAAGAUUGCCUGUCCAAUACAGUGAUAGUCAUGAUGAGUGUCAGCGAUCCUGAUUCUGAAAAAAAUGGUCUCGUCCAGUGUGUGAUAAAUAAUAGUAUACCAUUUACGAUUAAAUCUACAUCUACUAAUGUCUACAGCCUUUUGACAGACAGUGAUUUAGACAGAGAAAGAGUCUCUGAAUACAAUAUCACAGUGACUUGCUCUGAUGAGGGAGCCCCCUCCCUCUCCAGCAGCGUCAUUCUCACCUUACAGAUCUCAGAUGUGAAUGACAACGCGCCUGUAUUUGAGAAGAGCUCGUAUGAGGCCCACAUUGUAGAAAACAACACCCCAGGCCUCUCUGUAUUCACCGUGAAAGCCAGAGACGCUGACUGGAACCAGAAUGCCCGUGUCUCUUACAUACUGGAGGACUCCUCGGUUAACGGAGUGCCGGUUUCCUCAUAUGUGUCUGUCAGUGCUGAUAGUGGGGUCAUCCAUGCAGUGCGCUCUUUUGACUACGAGCAGAUCAAAGAUUUCCAGUUCCGAGUCAGAGCGCAAGAUGGAGGCUCUCCUCCACUCAGUAGCAAUGUGAAUGUGAAAAUACUGAUCCAGGACCAGAACGACAACGCCCCUCAGGUUCUCUACCCAGUCCAGACUGGUGGCUCUCUGGUGGCUGAAAUGGUGCCUCGUUCAGCAGAGGUGGGCUAUCUGGUGACCAAAGUGGUGGCUGUUGAUGUGGACUCAGGCCAGAAUGCCUGGCUCUCCUAUAAACUACAGAAAGCCACAGACAGGGCGCUGUUUGAAGUGGGCUUACAGAAUGGGGAAAUCAGAACUAUCCGCCAAGUCACUGAUAAAGAUGCUGUGAAACAAAGGCUGACUGUUGUGGUGGAGGACAACGGCCAGCCCUCUCGUUCAGCUACAGUCAAUAUUAACGUGGUGGUGGCGGACAGCUUCCCUGAAGUGCUUUCGGAGUUUACUGACUUUACACAGGACAAGGAGUACAAUGACAACCUGACUUUUUACUUGGUCUUGGCUCUGGCUGUGGUUUCCUUUCUGUUCAUCACGUGCCUGGUGGUUAUUAUAUCAGUGAAAAUCUACAGAUGGAGACGGUCUCGCAUCCUGUAUCAGUCCAACCUGCCGGUGAUUCCAUAUUAUCCCCCACGUUACUCAGACACUUUGGGGACAGGGACUCUCCCACACGUGUACAAUUAUGAGGUGUGCAGGACAACUGACUCCAGAAAGAGUGACUGUAAGUUCGGCAGAGCCGGUAGUCAGAACGUCCUGAUAAUGGAUCCCAGUUCAACAGGGACGAUGCAGCGGAUACAGAGUGACAAGAGCAUCCUAGAUGAGCCAGACUCUCCUCUCGAGUGCUUUUUGUAG